AUGAAAAACAAAUAUACUCCUUUUUCAGAUUCUGAUGACUCUUCCAAAACGCUCAAUGAUGAAAAGGCAGAUAGUCGGUCGUCUCCUUCAGAUGGUACGCCUCCUCCGUAUUCAGCUUCAAACAAAUUUAUUGAUUUAGAAAUGGCUGAUGGAUCCGCUCAAAAUUCCGCCCAAGAUACUGUUAAUAAUACUAGGUCGAGUUCGAUGGAUAAGUGGCAGAUAAUAAUGUACUUGUUGUUUUUUACAUCUUUUGUGUAUAUUAUAUUUUAUGCUAUUCUUCUUGUGUUAUUUUUUACUUCCAAGGUUUCUGUGAAUGCACAAGCCCUUUGGGGGCUUUCUGCUGGCUGUGCAGCAUCCUUUGCAUUGUUUCUGUUUGCAAUAACUCAAAUGCCUAAAGAAUGGUUCACGCAGGCCAAAAAAGGGCUCACGCAAGCUGGAAGAUUAACCAAAAACGUAUUGUCAGCUAUGUGUAUCUCAGUAUUAUGUGUGUGUUUUCUCGACGUCCUCGGUUUCACCGUGUAUUAUGCUGCAAAGAAGUUCACAGGAUUUGAAAAGAUAAACAAUAAUUUUUUCUAUGCUGUUUGUUUUGUUAACUUUGUCUUGUUUCUUUAUUUGACGAUGAAUGCAAAUGCGCGUGAACGACUUAGAUUAGUAGUCGUCGAUAUGGGAAACGGCAUGAGUGGCUUAGGAAACGGCAUAAAUGGCUUAGGAAACGGCAUAAAUGGCUUAGGAAACGGAAUAAAUGGCUUGGGACACGGCUUGGGAAAUGCUGUGGUUCAUAUGUUCGGAACAAAUCGAGGAGAUGAAGCACCUCGUAACGAAGAAAUCGAACUUCAACCUCUUGCUGGGCAAAGGGCUGAAGUUUGA